CUUGGUCCUGCUGUCCCCGCUCCUUUAUCCUCACGCCUUCGGCUCAGCGCCCUCUGCCGCCCCAUGGCUUUGAGCGCGGCGGCCCCGAGCUCCUCGUUCCCACCCCAUCCCCACAUCCAGGACGCGGCCGCGGCUCUCCGUGGCACCGCUCACCCGAUCUCCGGGACGGCCCCGCGUAUCGGAUCGGGUUCCCAGCCCCCGGGAUCGCCUUACGGGCUGCCCAUCCAUAAUUCAGCAGCAGCGGCGCGAUGCGGCGGGCGGGCAGGCGCGGCAGGCAGGCCCAGGAGGAACGGCCCAUGGAGAACGGCGUGGGGCAGGAGCCGGGGGUCCCCGAGCCGCCCCCCGCCGAGGGCACCUCGGCCCCACGGCCGCCCCGCGCCCGCCCUCGCCUGGUGUUCCGCACCCAGCUGGCCCACGGCAGCCCCACGGGGCGCAUCGAGGGCUUCACCAACGUCAAGGAGCUGUACGGGAAGAUCGCCGAGGUGUUCGGCAUCUCCCCCACCGAGAUCCUCUUUUGCACGCUCAACACGCACAAGGUGGACAUGCAGAAGCUGCUGGGGGGGCAGAUCGGGCUGGAGGAUUUCAUCUUUGCCCACGUCCGUGGUGAAACGAAGGAGGUGGAGGUGACCAAGACGGAGGACGCGCUGGGGCUCACCAUCACCGACAACGGCGCUGGCUACGCCUUCAUCAAGGUGAAAAUGUGUGGGGCUGAGGGGGGGGGGGUCUGCCCUGACCUGGGGGUGACUCCCUGUAUGGGGCGUUUUGGGGUCUCCCUGCCUAAACCCGAAAAUGAAAUCGCUGCGUGGAGGGGUGGGGUGUCACCGUGUGCCCCCCUCCACCAGCGGAUCAAGGAGGGGAGCAUCAUCAACCGCAUCCAGGCUGUGUGUGUGGGCGACAGCAUCGAGGCCAUCAACGACCACACCAUCGUGGGCUGCCGGCACUACGAGGUGGCCCGCAUGCUGCGCGAGCUGCCCCGCGCUCAGCCCUUCACCCUGCGCCUGGUGCAGCCCAAAAAGGCUUUCGACAUGAUCGGGCAGAGGACGCGGAGCAGCAGCAAGUGCCCACCUGAAGGCCGAGUGUCCAGCGGGAAGGAGACACUGCGACUGCGUGCCCAGGGCCCGGCCACGCUGCAGGAGGGGCCCAGCGCCGUGGAGGAAGAGGCCGCGCGCUGCGUGGACGACCUGCUGGAGAGCUACAUGGGCAUCCGUGACUGCGAGCUGGCUGCGACCAUGGUGGAGAUGGCCAAAUGCAGCCCCUCUGCCGCCGCGCUCGCCUGCGCCGUCGACUCAGUGCUGGGAGAGUUUGCCUUCCCCCAGGAGUUCGUGGCUGAGGUGUGGGCGGCCGUCUGCAGCCCCCGGGGUGGGCAGGAGUAGCUGGGGGGCGGCCAGGUCCCCCCCCCUCCGUGUUUCCCACCUGGGGGUGGCUGCCUGAGGUCCCACCUGUCGCCCUUUGCGCACACAGACUGGAGGCGUGGGGCCGCUGUGUGUCCCCACAUCCCAUGGGGCGCGCAGUGCUGCACAAGCUGUGCUUUAUUAGGAGCUCACAGAGCAGGAUGGGGAGAGGGGAGAGGGGACGCCUCCAUGGCUGCCCUGCUGGGUACCCCGUCCCUCCCGCUGCGCUCAGCUCCUGCAGCUGCAAGGUGAAAAAUAACAACAAUAAUAAUAACAAUAAAACCAAAACGGAACAAAACCUCCAUAAUCAAUAGAGGAGGGGGAGGGGGGAGAG